GCGAUUUAAUACGGGAGGGAGUCGAGUCGAAUGAGCUAUUGAGGUUCCCAAAUAACGGGAACAAACAGACAGACACACAGGCGGAUGGACGAACAGAUAGGCAAGUGAUACUAAAAACGAUACAACGUAGCAGGUUCAGGGCUUUUUUCUGUUUUGUUUUCAUUUUUGUGUACGCUGGUUUUAUUUAUUUAUUUAUCGAUUGAUUGCGUUUUAAUUACUAGCCUACCCUGUGACAGAAAGAGAGAGAGACAGAGAGAGAGGAGGAGGUAGAGCGAAGGCCAACCGAGCACGUGUAGUCUUACUUAUUAUUUAUUUAUUUAAAUUACUGUAAUUAUUUAAUUGAUUUUCAAAAGACUUGCGCUUUACACGUAGGCUACGUGUGGAUGUGGUGAGAUAUUGAAAGCUAGAAACCAAAUAAAUCAAACAAAAACAAAGAAAAAGAAAAAAACCAAAAAACAAACGCAAACACGAACACCUCAGCUACUGUUCUUUAUAGCUUACGGAUGCCAGAACUAAGAAAUCUCUGUUGUGUCGAAAUAAUUAAUCCUAAUAGUUGUAUUUACAAGCUAAAACCAAAGCAAAUCCAAAAGAAGGACACGAGGCCAUCGACUGUUAAGCCGAAUGUUCUCAUAUUCAUCUCUGCAGGGAAUACAGAGAGUCAGAGGAAAGAAUGAACACGAAAGAAAAUGAGAAUAUGUAUGAAAACAUAUCGAACGGGUCUUCUCUGGACUGUUACAGCUACAGCAACCCAUGAGAAACGACGACAGAAACGCCAGAUAGGAAAAACGAGCACUAUCAGGCCAUAAUAAUAAUAAUAAUAAUAAUAAUAAAGACAAAAAGACUAAUAAACGUAUAAUCGUAUAGUGUAGCCGCAAAAGAAAAAACAAACAAACAAACAAACAAACAAAAAAAAACCAGUCCUAUCCGUCUGUUGUGUUAGUUUGAGCUGACAACUGUUCUUCUUUUAUUAAAACACAACCACGCAAUCAUUGGAAAGACAGUCUGUAUCUAUACAUAGCUAAUUACACAAGACGACACCAAAAUAAUGUUAAAUUGAAUUUAAUAUACGCACAUUUAUUGGAUAUUUCAGCUGACGUUUAAAGUACCAAAUACAUUUUUGUAAGUGUCUACCUGGAAAACAAGCGAAGAUAAAGAGAAGAAAAGACCAAGAUUAGUGCCGUUACAACUGUAGCUUAACUAUUUAAAUUAAGAAGACGAAGGAUCAUGUUUGUUCCCUUGCCGGUGCCGUUCGUCUUUCAGAGAACUGCUCCCGACCUCAACGCCUGGUGUCUCAAAUCCCCGCUGGCUCUGCGAUCCAACUCCGAUAUCAGAAUGUCAAAGCCAGUAGAAGAGAAACCUGGGGUUGACUUUCCAAUGGAGAGCACAGACUCGGACAGAAACGGGCCCAACUUCAACAAUCAGGUUCAGCAAAUGAAAAUCCCUCCUUUCUGCCUCUCUUCCUCUCUGGGAAACACCAAGGGCAAAAUGGAGGAGUGUGGUGAGAUGUCCCCUGCCCAUGGCCCCGCCCACGGCCCCACCCACACCCCCGCCCCCUCACAAGCUACCCUCCCCCACACGCCGCUCAUGCUGGCAGGGAGUCAGCUGGCCGGGCUGACCGCCCUCCUGCCCGCGCAGCAGCAGCUGCUUCUGCAGCAGGCUCAGGCGCAGCUGCUGGCCGCAGCCGUGCAGCAGUCCAGCGCAGCCCACGCAGCCCACGCAGCCCACGCAGCGCAGGCGGCGCAGGCGGCGCAGGCGGCCGCCGCCGCCAAUCAGGCGGCGCAGUCCCAGUCGCAGCCUGACGGCACGCAGGAGCAGACCCCUGCCCCGGCCCCGCCCCCGGCUCCGCCCCAGCUCACCCUCUCGCAGCCCGUUCAGCUUACAGCGCAAGACAUCCAGCAGCUCUUGCAGCUGCAGCAGCUGGUUCUGGUGCCUGGACACCACUUGCAGUCACCUGCGCAGUUCCUCUUGCCGCAGGCACAGCAAGGGCAGCAAGGCCUGCUAUCGACACCAAAUUUAAUUUCACUACCUCAACAAAACCAAGGGGGGCUCCUGUCAACUCCCUCCAGACUGGGCCUCCAAGCACAGAGAGACAAGGGUGUUGACGGUAGUAUGACGUUAGCCUCCGGUGUGGCAGCUCACCCUGAGGAGCCGAGCGACCUGGAAGAGCUGGAGCAGUUUGCACGCACCUUUAAACAGAGGAGAAUCAAGCUGGGCUUCACACAGGGUGACGUGGGGAUGGCUAUGGGGAAGCUCUAUGGUAACGACUUCAGCCAGACCACCAUCUCCCGCUUCGAGGCCCUGAACCUCAGCUUCAAGAACAUGUGCAAGCUGAAGCCCCUGCUGGAGAAGUGGCUCACUGACGCAGAGACCAUGGCGAUAGACUGCACUCUCCCCAGCCCCAGCUCUCUCUCCUCUCCCACCCUGAGCUUCGAGGGGCUGCCCGGGCGCCGCAGGAAGAAGCGCACCAGCAUCGAGACCAACAUCCGCGUGGCCUUGGAACGCAACUUCAUCGCGAACCAGAAGCCUACCUCAGAGGAGAUCCUGCAUAUGGCGGAGCACCUGAAUAUGGAGAAGGAGGUGAUCCGGGUCUGGUUCUGCAACCGGCGCCAGAAAGAGAAACGCAUCAACCCCUCCAGCGUCACCCCCCCCUUGCCCAGCCAGCCCCCCCCUGUGACGCACAAACCCCCCUGCUACAGCCCACACAUGAUGUCCAGUCAGGGACUGUCCCCAGCUGUCACCAGCCUUAGCACCGCAGUAACCACAACAUCUUCAGCGAUGUGCCCUCUGACACCAAGCAGCCCAGUGGUUAUCGGCUCCUCCCCUUCUCCAGUGACCCCGCCCCCCUGCAGCACCGCCAGCCCCGCCCCUCCCAGCCACAGUGCGCUGAGCCUCAACCCGAGCUUGUGGUGUACUGGUAAAAAGAAUGGUGACGUGUCUAACUACAUCACCAAUAUGGCCGCCAAUCUGAGGAACACAGCGAUGGGGGUAAACGCGGGGAGGAGCCAAGCUCUCAUCAGCAGCAACCCCCUGGCUACCCUGCAAGCUCUGGCAGCCAGUGGUGGUCAGCUGCCCAUUUCCAGCCUUGAAGGGGGCGGCGCUGUGAUGCUGGGUGGCACGGGGGGCUCGGCAGGAGGGGGUCUGCCUUCCUCCCUUUUCCUCAACCACUCCUCCAUACUGCCCCUGACGCCCGGAUCCGGCAUGGGAUUGGUCGGCGCCUCCAUGGCCAAGGCCGCCCCGGCGCCCUCGCUUCCCCCCAUCGGCAGCGUGAGCGUGAGCCCCGGCUCCUGCUCCCCCGCUUCCUGCCUGAGCCCCGCCUCUUCCUGCUCCUUCAGCGAAGCGGGGCACAGCCCGCUGGAUCUGGGAGGGCCCCAGGCCGAGUGACGCACCCAGAAAGGCCAAUCACAGGAGGAGGAGGAGGAGCCGGAGCCGGAGGAGGAGGAGCGAACAGAGGAAACGGAAAACCUCACCUUUCAACCAAAGCCGUCUCUCUCUCUCUCCCUGCCUCCCUCCUGCCGUCUCUCACUUCCUUUCUUUCUCUCUCUCUCCGAGUCUUUCAAAGCCAAAAAUACACAGAAUGGAAGAGAGGAGAGGGGAGAAGGAAUGGAGUGUAGGAGGGAAAAGGAGAACGGGAGAGAUUUAAACCAAAAAUGAUCUAACAUUACCUAUACAGAUGGAGAGGAGGCAUUGUGGGAGUUUUUUUGUCACUUAAGAGUGAAGACUGCACCUUGUCUGUUUUCUUUAGUGAAAGGAUUAACAGAAAGGUCAGGGACGCGUGUUGAUUCCUGAGAAUCAAAAACUGUUCCUGUGUGUGAAAGGACGACAAGGGAAAAAACAGAAGGACUUUGGGAAGGUCAGUAAAGGGAAAAGAAAAUAAAGGAUUUUAAAGCCAAAAGAAAAGAAACGGAAGGAAAAGGAGAGAAUGACAAAAAAAUGACAACCAUGCCAAAAUCCCCUAAACCAAAAUACCAAAAACCGAAACCAAAAAAACGGAUGGAAAAGCUUUAACUAAAAGACCUGUAAAAUACUGACCGUCCAGGACCAGACAACAAACACAAACAACACCAAACCAUCCAUUGUUCUUUUUUUAUUCAUUUUUGUAUUGCACUUAUUUUACAUUGACAUCUAUUAUUAAUACAAAUCGUUUGUGUUUUUAUAAAUAUUUUAUGUUUGAAUGAGCUGAGCUCAGAUAUGUAUAUUGCGUAGUUAUGUCAGUGUCUCUGUACCUACCUCUUACCUUUAGCUCUGUGAACAUCUGGUAGAUUCUCUUUGCGAUUUCACAUGCGGAAGAGUGGGUGCCUGUUCCUUUCAAAAGAUUUAAUUUUAGAAGAUUUACAAAGAAUAAUUCUUCUUUAUUUAUUUAUUCAUUCUAUAUGUUCGCUGUUUAUGUGGUCAGUGGUCCGUUCUUGUUAUUGUUAUCAUCGUCAUUACCAUUUUUAUAAUAUACUUUCUCAGUUUCCAAGAAAAAGGCAAGUUCAACUUCCGAAUCUGCGAUUUAGAUAUAGUGCCUGUCAUUACAGUAGUAUGCAGCAGAGGUAUUCAUACACACGCACGCGCACACACACAAACACACACACUGACACAUGCAUGAAAUAUAAACCAUGGCCACGCUCAUUGGACUCCACUUCCCAUAAUCCAGUGCCGCACAUCCUCUCAGACAAUAACGCACACUGAACGAAUGGAUACCUAACUGUCCUAACUAACUGCUGUGCACACAUUUCUUCUCUAGCAGGCACACACGUCUACACACACAUCCGUAGGCCCGUUUGGGUCAUUCACAGCAGCGUAGACUCAUGCUGUCAUCUGUUCGUGUGCGGCUCUGAAGUUCUAGCUUUGUGUGUGAAGAGAGCAUCUGUGAAGCAGCGAACGUGCGUCAGUGCGGGAACAUUGUUCCGUUGCCCUUUUGUCAUCCUUGUUAGACAGCCUUAAUAUCGUACCGUCGGCGUGGGUGGAUGGGCACACGUGGGCUUUUAGUCAUCCUUCACUUUCCUUUCUUCAUUCUUCUCUUCAUUCCAGAAAGUGUUCUUGUUUUUAAACAUUAACUCCAGAAUGCCAAAGCGUUUAUCCUACGGCUGUUUCUGAAGAACCGUAGGGUAGCUGUUCCUACAAAGAAUUCAGAGAAGAUGUCAGCCAUGACCAAAAAUAAAUAAAUAAAAAAAAAAUGCACACUUAAAAGAGAAGGACCAAAAAGCAACACCUUCCCCCCCACCCCUGUCCCUCUGACCUUUUCGACUGCAGCCAGCGGGGAGCACAGGUAGGGGGGGUACUGGUGGACCGCAUGGCGUGAAACUGAGAGAGACAUUGCCUCAUGAGCAAUGGUUAAAACCAAAAACCAAAAAAUGACCCAAAGUGAAGAAAAUGAAUGACAGCCAAACCAAAACCAAAUCAAGCCAAAUAUGGGUGGAGGAUGGAGGCCUCGUAGAGGGUGGAGCAGUCACGUCUGUCUGUCUGUCUGUCUGUCUGCCUGGCGAAAAUAGACAGGCGCACAUGGAGGCCUGGACUCAUGCCCUCCCCCUCAAUCUCUCGCUCUCUCUGUCUCUCUGAAGUUCAUUUAUUCUGGUCCUGGACGGAGAAAUAUCGAAUGACCUCACUGAACUUAUAAAUACUUUUUCGUUUUUUCGCCUUUAUGGUCUAUCCAUUGAAGCUGUUUGAUUUUUGUCGUCUAGUUUCUCCUCUUUGGGAUACCGUCGCUUACUUUCACAUUUCUCUCAUUUUUGUUGUGCUAGAAAUUUUCAUAAGGUGGUUGCAAAAAAUACUGUGAAAACGUAGCUUCCAAAUUUUUUUUAUUAGACUGGAAAAAACAACCAAAAGAAAAAAAUCUGUCGUAAAAUAAGCCAAAACUUAAAACCAAAAGCAAAACUUUUGGGACAAACCAAAAAGUAAAGACACAAAACUAAGAACAAAGCUUUAUUACACCUGUCCUGUAACUACCCUCCCCAUCCCUCUUAAGUGGAAAGGGCUGGAUAAGUCAUAGUGACUGUGUGAGUGUCAGUUUGUGGAAGUGUACAGGGAAGUUUCAGGAAGAAUAUUUACUGUUUUCACAUAUACAUACAUACAAACCAUGAACAAACCCACAUGCACAGAUUCAGACACGCACACUCAUGUAUCCAUGCACACACGUACCUGCAUGAACACCCACAUAAACAUGUCAGCACACACACACACAUGCUCAAACACACAUAAACAUAAAUGCGUAAGCAGUUAUACAUGUGUACUCAGACACAUAUCUUUCCUGUCUUUCUACACAAGAAACGUUUGGCCAAAGCAUGUGUGUGUAAAAAUGCGCAUACAGAAAUAUAUGGAAGUGUUUUAAUAGAAAUGGGAAAACAAAGAAGUGUCCAAAAUAAUAAGAAAAACAAGUUCUCAACAUUAACUUUUAGAUGGAAUGUAACUGUUUGUGCUUCUAUAGAUUUGUAGAAAAAAAGAUCUACUGCUUCUCCUUGUUCUACUGUUUACUUAUUGCUAAUGUAUAAAAAAUGAAGAAGACUUUGUGAAGAAGAUAAUGACUUGAUUUCCAGACCAAAAACUUCAGCUAUCUCUCGGGGGUUUUAGUUGGAAGAUUUUUAUUAUCUAUUCUGGGAGGCUGGGUGUUGCUGGUUUGAUUUAUUCACAUUUUAUAAACUGAGAACUGAUGUGUA